AUGUCAGACACUCAAUCAAAAAUCGAUUCGUUGCAAGAAUUAAAUUCUCAACUCAUUGCCACGAUUUCUGGGCUUAGAAAAGAGAACACUGAGAAUCCCAAUGCCGAAUUUUCCGAUAAUCAAGAUAGUUCUAUUAAUAAUCCUUUAGAUGCUUUACCCGAAACUGAGACAAAUAUAACUACCGAGGAAUCAAACGUUCAACACUUCCUACCCCUGACCUCUAACGCUUGUGGCUCAAUGAUCAAGAUAAGUUCUCAAGUCUCAGAUCCUUCCACUUUGAAAGCCAAUAUUAGUAUACCACCUACCAAGAAAGCCUCACUGAAAAUCAAGGUAAAUGAAUUAUCCACAUCUCAACCAAAUAAUACCAUACCUGAAAAACAGAAUAAUCCAGCUCAUGAUCGUGUUUAUUUUCGUAAUAAAAUAUUAGGUCAAUAUCUUGAUAUAUAG